GGGGAAAUAAUGAAAAGUCAGCGAGUGGACAACCACAAGCGCCAAGAUCGAUAGGACUUGAAAAUACGUGCUGCUUUCACCACAAAACUUGGUUUCAGAACUGAAACUCUGCAACAACUAAACCAUUUCAUUUAACUUACUUGACCAUUUAUCUCUCCUUUUCUCUCUUUCUCUUUGUUACUUUGACAAACAAGUAACUAACUUCACGUCUUCAUUCAUUCUCUUUUCUCUCUUUGGUGGAGUGCUUUCUUUUUUCUUUGUUGUUUUAUUUGGUUAUUGCUGGUUCUUGAUUGAUUUUGUUGAGUUUCAGGAGCACCAGGAAACUGGGAAAGUUUUGUUUUUGGGCUUAUAGUUAGCCCACACCUUGCGUCCCAUUUUGUCGAUAUUAAUUGGUAAUGGGAGGUGUUGUGGGAAAGUCUGAAUCUCCUGCACAGGCUUGCUUACCAGAAACAAAGCUUGAGGCCAAAAUGGUUGAAGCUAUGCAGCGAAGGGCCGGUGAAGGCACUGCAAUGAAAUCGCUCAACAGCAUAAUUUUGAAAUUCCCAAAAAUUGAUGAUAGCUUAAGAAAAUGCAAAGAUAUAUUUGAGCAAUUUGAUGAGGACUCAAACGGUGUAAUUGAUCAGGAAGAGCUUAAGAAGUGUUUUCUUAAGCUUGAAUUAAAAUUUACAGAAGAGGAAAUCGGUGAGCUUUUUGAGGCCUGUGAUAUUAAUGAGGAUAUGGUAAUGAAUUUCAAUGAGUUCAUUGUACUUCUCUGCCUUGUGUAUCUUCUGAAGGAUGAUCCAACUGCCCUUCAAGCUAAAUCAAGGAUGGGUAUGCCGAAGUUGGAGGCAACUUUCGAGACCUUGGUUGACGCAUUUGUAUUCUUGGACAAGAACAAGGAUGGUUAUGUCAGCAGAAAUGAGUUGGCUCAAGCCAUAAGUGAACCAGGAGAACGGUCCUCUGCACGAAUAGUCAUAAAAAGAUUUGAUGAGAUGGACUGGGAUAGAAAUGGAAUGGUGAACUUCAAGGAGUUUCUGUUUGCAUUCACAAAUUGGGUUGGACUCGAUGAGGAGGAAGAGGGUGACGAGAAGGUUUAAACCAAUCCGUAUUAGUUCCCAGUUGUUGCCGUCUGCAGUUGCUGAUUGCUAAAGCUUUUCUGAAAGGUGAAGUUCUGGCAUGAAGUCCUGUUUGCUCUUUCUGGCAAACGGUAAUGGCAAGUUUAAUUUGUCAUGUAAAUAGUUUCUGGAACAAAAGUCAUACGCAUAUUCCAAUAAUUCAGGAGGCUUCUGUCAUGUCUCUUUGUUCCCAUUUCCUCUUUUUGUAAUAGAGAUUAUGUCAAAUCUGGUAAAAAAACAGUUUAUGACAGGCUAUAUUUUCAUUUUA